GGCGGCGGCGGCAGCGGCCGCUGCAGCCCCACACUCCGCCGCCAAACUGGAGGAGCGACGGAAGGCAGACCCCAGGAGGAUGGAGGAUGAAGCUGUCCUGGACAGAGGGGCUUCCUUCCUUAAGCAUGUGUGUGAUGAAGAAGAAGUAGAAGGUCACCAUACCAUCUACAUUGGGGUCCAUGUGCCGAAGAGCUACAGGAGAAGGAGACGCCACAAGAGAAAGACAGGGCACAAAGAAAAGAAGGAGAAGGAAAGAGUCUCUGAGAACUACUCUGAUAAGUCAGAUGUGGAAAAUGCUGAUGAAUCUAGCAGCAGCAUCCUGAAACCUCUCAUCUCUCCUGCCGCAGAACGUAUCCGGUUCAUCUUGGGCGAGGAGGAUGACAGCCCAGCACCCCCUCAGCUCUUCACCGAACUGGAUGAGCUGCUGGCCGUGGAUGGGCAGGAGAUGGAGUGGAAGGAGACGGCGAGGUGGAUUAAGUUUGAAGAAAAAGUGGAACAGGGUGGGGAAAGAUGGAGCAAGCCCCACGUGGCCACACUGUCCCUUCACAGCUUAUUUGAGCUGAGGACAUGUAUGGAGAAGGGAUCCAUCAUGCUGGACAGGGAGGCUUCUUCUCUCCCACAGCUGGUGGAGAUGAUUGUUGACCAUCAGAUUGAGACAGGCCUAUUGAAACCUGACCUUAAGGAUAAGGUGACCUACACUUUGCUCCGGAGGCACCGGCAUCAAACCAAGAAAUCUAACCUUCGAUCCCUGGCUGACAUUGGGAAGACAGUCUCCAGUGCAAGUAGGAUGUUUACCAACCCUGAUAAUGGUAGCCCAGCCAUGACCCAUAGGAAUCUGACUUCCUCCAGUCUGAAUGACAUUUCUGAUAAACCGGAGAAGGACCAGCUGAAGAAUAAGUUCAUGAAAAAACUGCCACGUGAUGCAGAAGCCUCCAACGUGCUUGUUGGGGAGGUUGACUUCUUGGAUACUCCUUUCAUUGCCUUUGUUCGGCUCCAGCAGGCAGUCAUGCUGGGUGCCCUGACUGAGGUCCCUGUGCCCACAAGGUUCUUGUUCAUUCUCUUAGGUCCUAAGGGAAAAGCCAAGUCCUACCAUGAGAUUGGCAGAGCCAUUGCCACCUUGAUGUCUGACGAGGUGUUCCAUGACAUUGCUUAUAAAGCAAAAGACAGGCACGACCUGAUUGCUGGCAUCGAUGAGUUCCUAGAUGAAGUCAUUGUCCUUCCACCUGGGGAAUGGGAUCCAGCAAUCAGGAUAGAGCCUCCCAAGAGUCUUCCAUCAUCUGACAAAAGAAAGAAUAUGUACUCAGGUGGAGAGAAUGUUCAGAUGAAUGGGGACACACCCCAUGAUGGAGGCCAUGGAGGAGGAGGAGGAGGACAUGCGGAUUGUGAAGAAUUGCAGCGAACUGGACGGUUCUGUGGUGGACUAAUUAAGGACAUAAAGAGGAAAGCACCAUUUUUCGCCAGUGAUUUUUAUGAUGCUUUAAAUAUUCAGGCACUUUCAGCAAUUCUCUUCAUUUAUCUGGCAACUGUAACUAAUGCUAUCACUUUUGGAGGACUGCUUGGGGAUGCCACUGACAACAUGCAGGGUGUGUUGGAGAGCUUCCUGGGUACAGCUGUCUCUGGAGCUGUCUUCUGCCUGUUUGCCGGUCAGCCCCUCACCAUCUUGAGCAGCACAGGACCUGUUCUGGUUUUUGAGAGGCUUCUAUUUAAUUUCAGCAAGGACCAUAAUUUUGACUACCUGGAGUUUCGCCUUUGGAUUGGCCUGUGGUCAGCCUUCUUGUGUCUCAUUUUGGUGGCCACAGAUGCCAGCUUCUUGGUUCAGUACUUCACUCGCUUCACCGAAGAGGGCUUCUCUUCUCUGAUUAGCUUCAUCUUUAUCUACGAUGCUUUCAAGAAGAUGAUCAAGCUAGCUGACUACUACCCCAUCAACUCCAACUUCAAAGUGGGCUACAAUACUCAGUUUUCCUGUGCCUGUAUGCCUCCCGACCCAGUUAAUAUCUCAAUAUCUAAUGACACUACAUUGGCCCCAGAGGAUUUGCCAACUAUUUCUUCUACUGACAUGUACCAUAAUGCUACCUUUGACUGGGCAUUUUUGUCAACGAAGAAGUGUUUGAAAUAUGGAGGAAAGCUCGUGGGGAACAACUGUGAUUUUGUUCCUGAUAUCACCCUCAUGUCUUUCAUACUCUUCUUGGGCACCUACACCUCUUCUAUGGCUCUGAAAAAAUUCAAAACUAGCCGUUAUUUUCCAACCACGGCAAGAAAACUGAUCAGUGACUUUGCCAUUAUCUUGUCCAUUCUCAUCUUUUGUGUAAUAGAUGCCCUGGUAGGUGUGGAUACUCCAAAACUAAUUGUGCCAAGCGAAUUCAAGCCAACAAGUCCAAACCGAGGUUGGUUUGUUCCACCAUUUGGAGGAAACCCCUGGUGGGUGUACCUUGCAGCUGCUAUCCCUGCUUUGUUGGUUACCAUUCUGAUUUUCAUGGACCAGCAAAUCACAGCUGUGAUCGUGAACAGGAAAGAACAUAAACUCAAGAAAGGAGCUGGGUAUCACCUGGAUCUCUUUUGGGUGGCCAUCCUCAUGGUGGUGUGCUCUUUCAUGGCUCUUCCGUGGUAUGUGGCUGCGACCGUCAUCUCUAUUGCUCACAUCGACAGUUUGAAGAUGGAGACAGAGACUUCUGCCCCUGGAGAACAACCAAAGUUCCUAGGAGUGAGGGAACAAAGAGUCACUGGAACCCUCGUGUUUAUUCUGACUGGUCUGUCAGUCUUUAUGGCCCCCAUCUUGAAGUUUAUUCCCAUGCCUGUACUCUAUGGUGUGUUCCUGUAUAUGGGGGUAGCAUCCCUUAAUGGUGUGCAAUUCAUGGAUCGUCUGAAGCUGCUGCUGAUGCCCCUGAAGCACCAGCCAGACUUUAUCUACCUGCGCCAUGUCCCCCUGCGCAGGGUCCACCUAUUCACCUUCCUGCAGGUGCUGUGUCUAGCCCUGCUCUGGAUCCUCAAGUCAACCGUGGCUGCUAUCAUCUUUCCAGUCAUGAUCUUGGCACUUGUAGCUGUCAGAAAAGGCAUGGACUACCUCUUCUCCCAACAUGACCUCAGCUUCCUCGAUGAUGUCAUUCCAGAAAAGGACAAGAAAAAGAAGGAGGAUGAGAAGAAAAAGAAAAAGAAGAAAGGAAGUCUGGACAGUGACAAUGAUGAUGAGAAAGAUCACCAACAUUCCUUGAACGCCACACAUCAUGCUGAUAAAAUUCCUUUCCUUCAGUCACUCGGUAUGCCAAGUCCUCCUAGAACUCCAGUAAAAGUUGUGCCUCAAAUUAGGAUAGAACUUGAGCCUGAAGACAAUGAUUAUUUCUGGAGGAGCAAGGGAACAGAAACUACAUUGUAACCUGUUUGUCU